AUGAAGCUGCAAAUCGUGGCUGCCGUGACCUCGCUGGUCUCGUCGGGUGCUGCUUCAACCCUGAAUCCACCAGUAUUGCCUUUGAUCGUCAGGAACCCUUACCUUUCAACCUGGCUCGGUAACGCUAGAGACAAUCCAUGGUCCAAGUGGCCCAUGUUUUAUACUGGCGAGGAGAUCGGUUUCUCCGUCUUAGCCAGUGUACCUGAGACCAGACACACCUAUCCUCUGCUCGGUCGCCCUCAGGACUCCUUAGAUGAGGAUGAUCACACCUACAAUAUUUCUUAUCCCGUCUACAAAGGCGCACAGUAUGACGCUUCUGUAACAAACUUGACCUACCACAUCCCAUCUCACAAUUCGACGUCGGACCACGUCGAGAUCGUCCUGUCUUUCCUGUCUCCAGUUACGCCUUCUUCCACUCUCCGCCAAUCUAUUCCGGCCUCGUACCUCAGUAUCCAUGCCACAGGAACAUUUGACAUUGACGUGUACAUCGACUUGAACGGACAGUGGGUCAGCGGAGAUAGGGGUGCAGAAAUAGUUUGGGAUCUUGAGAAUUCUGAGACUGAGAAGCUGAAGAGCUGGGUUGUCAAGAGAAAGGAUGAGCUCCUGUUUACAGAAUGGAGUGAUCGCGCCGAGUGGGGAAGCCUGCGCUUCACUGGUCCCUCGGAUGUCCGCCACGAGAGUGGAACAUCGGGAGUCCUGAGAAACCGCUUCUCUCGUACUGGUACGCUGCAGAAUGAAAACGACAACCACUUCCGAAGCAUCAUGCGAGACGAGCCCGUUUUUGCCUUCUCAAAGUCCUUCAAUCUGGCUCCUAACAUCACCAGUCACAAAAAGGCAACCUCGGAGAGCGCUCUCUUUACCAUUGCCCAUAUUCAAGACCCUGUCACUCAGUACGCCUCUGCACGAGGCUUGACUUUCAUGCGUCCCCUCUGGAAGACAUGGUUCCACUCGGAUGAUAAUCUGACUUCGUUCCAUUACUUGGAUUUCAAUAAUGCUCAAAAGCUUGCGCAGAACUACUCUGACCAGCUCGCUAUUGACGCAUACCAGUCUGGUUCCGACUCUUAUGUCGAUAUUGUUGCUCUUUCAGCUCGUCAGACCAUGGGAGCCACUAGCUUCUCAGGCACCCAGGAUAACCCCCUUCUCUUCCUCAAAGAGAUCUCCUCCAAUGGUAACAGCCAGACUGUCGACGUCAUCUUUCCAGCAUUCCCUUUCUUCCUCUACACUCAACCUCGAUGGCUGGCAUACCUUCUCGAGCCCCUGCUUGAGCACAUGCUUUCCGGCCAAUAUCCAAACGACUACAGCAUGCACGAUCUAGGUACCCACUUCCCAAAUCUGACAGGACAUGCUGAUGGUAAAGACGAAUACAUGCCGGUCGAAGAGUGCGGAGAUAUGUUGAUCAUGGGUCUUGCUCUGGUCAAUUCGUUGACCUAUGGCUCUGGGCAUGAGCCUCAGUCGAUUUGGGCUGACGUCGGCAGUGAUCACAUUCCACUACCUGAUGAGGUCAGUCCUUUCGCUUUGGCCACUUUGGAAGGUCGGGACGACAUCAUUGGUCUCGAUGACCGUUGGGGUGGUUCGACUCAAGGCGUGAAGCAGGCCCGCAAGUGGCUCGAAAAGUCGUACAGCUUGUGGAAGCAAUGGACAUCUUAUCUGGUCGACUACAGUCUGGAGCCUGAGAACCAAUUAUCAACCGAUGACUUUGCUGGGUGGCUGGCCCUCCACAGUAACUUGGCUCUGAAAGGUAUUGUCGGCAUCCGAGCCAUGAGCGAGCUGGCUACAGUCAUGGACAAGAAUGAUGAAGCAAAACACUUCCGCAAUAUCUCGGAUACCUACGUCAAGCGCUGGGAAGAGCUCGCCAUAUCACGCGAUGGCACCCAUGCAAAGCUUGCUUACAACUGGUAUGGUAGCUGGACUACUCUUUACUCACUGUACGCCGAUGCACUGCUAUGCUUCCAUCCUUCGACGACCAAUGGCAGCAGCGCUCAGUCUGCCGACGACUAUGCCCAAGUAUCGGGUAACAAGCAAACCCCCAUCCUCGAGCCACCAACGCACGACUUUAUACCCAACCACAUCUACAAGAUGCAAUCUGACUGGUACGCUGUGGUGAUGCAAAAGUACGGACUUCCGCUAGACUCACGCCAUCUUUACACCAAAUCCGAUUGGGAGUUCCAAGCCGCAGCAGUCGCUUCCCGCAAGACUCGAACACAGAUUCUGGAUAGAGUUUCCAAGUGGCUGAAUGAGACUGUCACUGAUAGACCUUUUACCGAUCUUUACGAAACAGAGGGUGAAGGUGGUUUCCCUGGCCCCAACUUCUUCGCCAGACCAGUCAUUGGUAGUCAUUUUGCGUUCUUGGCUUUGGAGAGAGCUUGUGGUGGAACUGCUAUGCAGGGCCUGAGCUUUUUAGACGAGGAAUAG